AUGGAUCAGAAAUUAGAUUCGGCCUAUACACAGGCGCAAUUGACCAAAUACCUCAGCUACAUCGCCCUUCCAAGCAAAUACGAGACCGCACCCGAAUCGUUCCCCAAAACAGAAGAAGCCCUGAAAGACCUCUUUCGUUGUCAAAUCACUCGAUUUCCAUACGACAAUUUAACAUGUCAUUACUCCUCGACUCAGCUGGCCGAGAUCGAACCCAAGCAAAUCUACACCAAGCUCAUGGGAUGUGACGCAACAGCCCCAUCAUGCCGAGGAGGCUACUGUCUCGAAGUGAGCAUAUUCUUCCACCAUAUUCUACGGGGUCUUGGAUUCUCAGUGUACAUGACCGGCGUACGUAACCGGCUGCGCAAAGAUGGGAUACCGCAAGGAGAGUAUUUUGGAUGGACUCACAUCGUCAACAUUGUCCGACUGCCGAAUAGGCAAGAGUUUCAUGUAGAUGCGGCGUUUGGUGGCGACGGUCCUACCAGUCCCCUACCUCUAGUUUCGGGAAAGAUCACGCAGAAUCUGGGUGCUCAGGAAGUUCGACUGGUAUAUGAUAUCAUGCCGAAGCAAACGAGACCAGAGCAGAAAGUUUGGAUAUAUCAGUAUCGAAACGGGGUGGAGAAGCCGUGGAAUUCGUUCUAUGCGUUUGCGGAAUUGGAGUUCUUCCAGGAGGAUUUCGAGGUGAUUAAUCGGUUCACGAGUUGGGACGCGGUGCAGAAGAAGAGUUUCAUUCUGGUGAAGUUUAUUCGCAAUGGGGAGACAGAUGGGCUGCCGUUGUUAGAGGGGGAGGUGGAGCAGAAGGGGGAGGGUGUGUUUGUUGUUGGAAAGAUUAUGAUGGUGAAUGAUGAGAUCAAGUUGAAUAUGGGUGGAAGAACGAGGGUGAUCGAUUCAUACACGACAGAUGAGGGGAGGUUUGCGGCAUUGAAGAAGUGGUUCUCGAUUAGUUCCUGCUACUAG